AUGGAAGAUUGUAUCUAUCAUAACUUGGAACAAAAAAUGGUUUGCUUAAAUUGCAAUACUUUUUUUUGUAUUGAGUGCACAUCUCAACAUAGAAAUCAUUGCAUACAUCAUGUUGACUCAAUUAGAGAAUUUUUAGAAAACAACCAUUUAAUCAAUAAUUACUAUUUGAGGAAAGCUAAUGCUCUUCAUACAGAAGUUUUGACAGGAAUGGAUAAUUUAAGAGAUUUAAUCACUGAAAACUUACAUCUUAGAGAAAUGGGCCAUGUUAUCAAUGAAAUGACCAGAUUUUCAACUCUAGAAUGCCAAGUGAUCUCCUAUCAAAUAGAUGACAAUAUUGGAUUAGGUAAUGAUAUGUUUCCUUUCAUUGCAAUCAUCCCUCAAUCAUACAGAAAGAUCGUUUAUAUUAAUAGUUUACACUCUUACAACAAUAUUCGUUAA